AUGCAGAUGUUCGACGUCAUCGUCAAAAAUACCGGCACAACUUGGGUUGUAUCUCAGCCAUACGUUGCUGUCACACUCAAGGGCAAUGGCCUCACAACUUACCGACAAGGCAAGAUUACGCGCCUUCGACCCGGCGACUCCACCAUCUUGGAACUCGGCGUGCAGACCGAUAGUGUCCAUGUGAAUCGAACGGUCAAUGCCACCGCUCACUGGGACGAUGGAGGCUCCUGCCAAGACUCGACUACCUUUGGCUUUACGGCUUCAUACGGAAUCCCGAAUUACCAGGCCAACGUCGCCUCUGUGAGCAACCAUGAAGCUCCGAACUGGUAUCGCGAUGCCAAAUUCGGUAUUUUCAUCCACUGGGGUGUAUAUUCAGUACCGGCGUAUGACACUGAGUGGUACUGGCGCAACCAAGAGAAUAAAAACUCUGCUGUCUACAACCACCAUCGGGCGACUUACGGCGAGAAUAUCGUAUACGAUGACUUCAUCGCCAAUUUUACUGCUGCCAACUUCAAGCCCAAAGACUGGAUGGACCUGAUUAGCGACGCUGGAGCGAAGUACUUUGUGCCCACCACAAAACAUCACGACGGAUUCGCCCUAUUCAACAUGUCGUCAAACAUUUCGAACCGAAAUUCAGUCCGGUUAGGUCCGAAAAGGGAUCUUCUUGGCGAGCUUUUUGCUGCCGCGAAGCAAUAUCACCCUGAGAUCCACCGCGGCACCUACUUCAGCAUUCCUGAAUUCUUCACGCCAGCGUCACCCAAAAACAGCGGACUCGAUAGCUCCUUCUACCAGGGUGCCCCGAAAAACGCAUACACAGGCGCAGAGGUCCCAUACACUGGCUUCGUGCAGAAUGACUUCGUCUCCGGCACCCAGCUGCCUCAGAUGAACAUCUUGGCCAACGAUUACGGCUCAGAACUCAUGUGGUGUGACAUCGGCGGUGUGUCGAUGUCAGACCAGUUCGCAGCCAAUUUUUUCAACAAGGCCUUCAGCGAAAACAAACCUGUCGUGAUGAACAACCGCUGCGGCGCCGUGAACGGCCAGAAGAUCCCGGGCGAUUACGACACGCCCGAAAAUACCGUCAACCUCAAUUUCGAUUCUAAACUAUGGGAAGUUUGUCGCACCAUGGAUCCCAAGUCUUGGGGUUACAGAGCGGAUACGCCCGACUCCGCUUACAUGACCUCAACCACCAUCGUGUACACGCUCCUCGAUGCCAUUUCCAAGGGUGGUAACCUGUUAUUGAACAUAGGUCCUAAGCCGGAUGGUACGAUCAAGGAGAUCAUGCAGACUAACCUGCGUGCGGCUGGCACAUGGAUUAAGUCUCACUCUGAAAGCAUUUUCGGCACUAAGUCCUGGCCUCUUGGCAAAGGUGGAUCUGGCAACGUCCGGUAUACCGAGACCGAUCAGGCAUUCUACAUCCACUACCUCACGAAACCGAGUGGAUCCAUCACCAUUACCGACCCGAUCCCUUGGAUGCAGGGCGAUAAAAUAACCGUUGUGGGUGGCUCCAAAAACGGGGCUACUGUCAGCGCUAGAGCAGCUGGCAAUAACAUCGUUCUGGAUGUACCUCAGGAGAUUUCCGAUGCGGACCAGUAUGCUUGGACCUUCAAGAUUACGUACUAA